UCAAUCAUAGUUGUCCUGAUGAUCAGUUUAAGUGCCAAAAUAAUCGCUGCAUUCCCAAGAGGUGGCUUUGUGAUGGAGCUAACGAUUGUGGUAAUAACGAAGAUGAAUCAAAUAAAACCUGUGCAGAAACCGCUACAGAAUUCUACAUAACAGAGGUAGAACACAGUCCUGCAGGCUACCUCAGUUUUUCUGAAACCAAAGCAGGUGAACGAUGUUUAGUCAGAUCAGCAAGAACGUGCCAGGUUGACCAAUUUUCUUGUGGCAAUGGACGCUGUAUUCCGACGUCAUGGCUGUGUGACAGGGAGGACGACUGUGGAGAUGGAACUGACGAGAUGACAUCCUGCGAUGAUGACUGUGGUGAUGGAAGUGAUGAACUAGGCUGUAUUCACUCAUGUUCUGCUGAUCAGUUCAGAUGUUAUAAUGGUCGAUGUAUCCCAAGUCACUGGGCGUGUGAUGGUGACAAUGACUGUGGAGAUUUCAGUGAUGAAACCAAAACAAACUGCAACAAGGAAGAAACUCAGUCUUCUGGAAGAUGCAAUGGGAAGGAGUUUCAGUGCAGUCCUGAUGGGAACUGUGUUCCUGAGUUGUGGCGCUGCGAUGGAGAAAAGGACUGUGAAGAUGGUAGUGAUGAAAAAGGCUGUAAUGGAACUAUACGGCUAUGUGAUGAAAAAACAAAGUUCUCCUGGAGAUGCAUUAGCAAAGCGUGGCUAUGUGAUGGCGAUAUUGAUUGUGAGGAUCAGUCUGAUGAGGAUAAUUGCGAGGGCUAUAUGUGUGGACCACCAAAAUACCCUUGUGCUAAUGAUACCUCCAUCUGCCUACAGCCUGAGAAGCUCUGCAAUGGGAGAAGAGAUUGUCCUGAUGGAUCUGAUGAAGGCGAUCUUUGUGAUCCAUUUGAGGCUUUCAUAAUUUUUUCUAUUCGACAUGAGAUCAGAAAAAUUGAUCUUCACAAACGUGACUACAGCCUCUUGGUUCCUGGUUUAAGAAAUACAAUAGCACUUGAUUUUCAUUUCAGUCGGAGCUUACUGUACUGGACAGAUGUGGUAGAGGACAAAAUUUACAGAGGCAAGCUCUCUGAUACUGGAGGUGUUAGUGCCGUUGAGGUGGUAGUACAACAUGGCCUGGCCACACCUGAAGGUCUUACUGUAGAUUGGAUUGCGGGAAAUAUAUACUGGAUAGACAGCAAUUUGGACCAAAUUGAAGUAGCAAAACUAGAUGGCACUUUGAGAACAACAUUAAUAGCAGGAGCUAUGGAACAUCCAAGGGCUAUUGCUUUGGAUCCCAGAUAUGGAAUUCUGUUUUGGACAGACUGGGAUGCAAAUUUUCCUCGCAUUGAAUCCGCUUCCAUGAGCGGAGCAGAAAGGAAGAUCAUAUACAAAGAUAUGGAUACUGGAGCCUGGCCGAACGGCCUUACUGUAGAUCACUUUGAAAAAAGAAUAGUAUGGACAGAUGCUAGAUCGGAUGCCAUUUAUUCUGCAUUAUAUGAUGGAACCGGGAUGAUAGAGAUAAUACGGGGUCAUGAAUAUCUUUCUCACCCUUUUGCUGUUUCUUUGUAUGGGAGUGAAGUAUAUUGGACAGAUUGGCGGACCAAUACACUUGCAAAAGCCAAUAAAUGGACUGGCCAAAAUGUCAGUGUAAUACAAAAAACAAGUGCUCAGCCAUUUGAUCUUCAGAUAUAUCAUCCAAGUCGUCAACCACAAG